GGCAGGAGGCCGUCUUGGAUCUGGCGUGGCGACGUCUUCCUGAAGAUUCCCAUGACACCUUCCGCCGAGCGCUCCAGCGGCCGUCGCGAGCUAAAGCCGCCGUGGCCGAGCGCCAAGCCAAGGCCGCGGAGGCGCAAGCUUGGAGUACCCUGCUCACCAACCGCGUCACCCUCGACCUACCCCAGCCGGAGGAUGCCGAGCGUGUCUUCCACGCCAAGACGGCGGACGACGACCGCCGCCUCCGCUCCAAGUUCGGCGCCUGGACGCAAGCUCGCGAUGCCGGAGAAGAGGAUUGGCGUUCGACGGCAGCGAUGCGCUUCGAGCGCUGGUGCGGCCAUUAUGAGAACUCUAUCAGCGGACCAGGACCGAGCAAGAAUACUGUCCGCAAGUGCAACCACUGCCGCGCUGGCAUCGGCUACCCAACUGUCGCAACGGACUGCAUCCCGCGGGAGCUGCAGGGGCUGUCCCUGGAGGCACUUUGGGCGCUGCGGCCCUUGGCACCCGACGUGGGAAAACCAGUCUGGGCCAGGCACGGCUACAGAGUCCACACAGACAUGAUCCGCUUCUGGUGGCGCCCGCAGCCGGUCCUGGACCAAAUAGCUUCCUUGGCCUUGGAAGCCGACCGCGACAAGGCCAGUGCCGCAUACCACUACCUCAUGGAGUCUACCGAGAGUGCCUACGGACACUUCGUCGCCAUGCGCGCGAAGUUCUUGCACCGCACGCGUGCCCGUCGCACAGGCGCUGCCGACGACCGCUUGUUGCAGCUCCCGCGGCGCGUCUUGGAAGAGGAAGGCCUCGAGUGUGCGGUCUGGCCGCAUCUUUACCCUCGGACCGUCAUGUGCGAGACUCACGUCCGCAAAGCGGACGAGCGACGUCAAGGACGCGCCACAGCUCAGCACACGCCCCUGCUGGGACUUGCUCCGGAGAACUCCGACUCCGAUGCGUCCGACUGCAUGCACCCAGCGGACCUGCUCGAAGACGGGGACGACCCACUCGAUGAGCUCGAAGCAGACGCGCCCCUGGACUUCGCGCGUGCCGGCCGCAACUCGGCCAAGAGUGCUUAUUUGGCCAAGGUGCUGGGUCCGACGUUGGGCUAUGGUGCCGACUUUGAGCUGUUUCAGUUUGUCUACGAUCUUUGGUUGUGGAGUACGCUCGGGGCCAAGAAGAAUGCCGUCGCUGCGCCGCUCCGUCUCGCCAUGGCCGGGUACAGCUUUUCGCCGGAAUAA